AUGAGCGGGAGAGGGGGAGGGGAGAGAGGAGAGGGAGGAAAUCCAGCGCGCCGGCCGCCGUGGGCUCCCUGGCUCGCGCACAUGGCGAACGGGACCGGAUCUCUGGGUCUCGGCGUCGACGACGGCCUCGGGGAGACCUCGUCCCCGCUCCCCUCCGCCGCGCCCGUCGACGAGGUCCCCGGCGCGACCGCCUUCCCGCUUCCCCCCGCCACGCCCGUCGACGAGGUCCCCGGCGCGACCGCGUCCCUGCUUACCUCCGCCGCGCCCGUCGACGAGGGCCUCGGCGCGACCCCGGCUCCGCUUCGCUCUGCCGCGCCCGCGUCUCCGCUUCGCCCCACCGCGCCCGCGCCCGCUUCCGGCGUGGCGAACGGGGGGGAUUCUGGAUCCCAAGCUCGGGGUGUCGGCGUCUCCGAGGGCCUCGGCGCGACCUCCUCGCCACCUCGCUCGGCCGCGCCCCCGUCGCGUGUGCCCCUCGCGCCCGAUGCGAGCGGCCGCGGCGCGGGAGGAGGCGUCCGCGACAUCUGCAAUGAGGUCGUGGAGCGGCUCGUCGCCGGUGGCCGCCUGGACCCGGGGGCGAACGACGUUCUGCUCCGCACCUUGCUCGAGCAGCAUCUCGGCCGGUUUCUUGACAGGACUCAUUCAAGCCAAACAAGAAGACGUGGUAGCAUUAGGAGACUGCAGAAUAUCAAGACGAGGAAACGAUCUGAGAAGCUCAAAGAAGAGAAGAUGAUGGAAUCAUUCAAGGCAAUCUUAUCGGAUUCAAUCUCAUUUCUGUUUCCAACAAUGGUAGCAGUCUUCGCAAGCAACUUCUCUUUCGGAGAAUACGAGAAAUGCUUACUGAUCUUGUUGUGUGCUCUUCGGGGACUCCUCAUUCUGCUUGCAAUGGUGCUGUCCCAUGGGGUUGAUGAUGGACAAGGAAGGACGGUUGUCGUGUCCCAUCUCACGUUGGGGGCUGUUAUAUACGUAUUUGGUAUGCUUGUGUACUGUCUGUACAAGUUCUUUCCUGAAGGGUCUGGCCAGGUCAUGGCCUUGUACGGUGGUGUUGCUCAUUUUGUCUUUGGAGCAGUAGUGCUUACAGUUCUGUGGGUGACUUUGUUCAAGGUUAGUCCGUGA